CUGGCAGGGAACGACAGACGCUUGUUGACAGUGACAUUAUUAGAUACAUGUAUUAUUGAAAGCCUGCAGGGCCGGCCGUGGCCCUUCCCCACCCAUAUUCAGCUAUCUGCAGGCCCGACAUAAGGUGGGUGUUGAUGAAAGAUUCGACGGACGCCAUUGGCUGUCGGUUUGUUCUGCCCGGCCCCACCCCGGCCCCGGGCCGAUCCACGUCGGUCCGAUCAUUGGAUGCCCGAAUCUGCACGGCAGACAGUCCUGCAGGUCUCAGUGAAGAGACGGGACCGCUGACGACCGAAGCGAGUUCAUGUUCUUCGUAUGAGGAGAAUGAUGCUACUUAUUCCGGAAACCGCACUUCGGUCAGUGUCGAUUAGGACUUCACAACGCAGCAAUGCUCUCCCGCAUCUUUGACGCCACCAUCACAUCUCCAUUCAUCCGCAGAUCAACAUUACACAACAAUUUUACAAAGAUCCUGCCUAAAAUGACCUACAGCUCUGCUUCUGCUUCUUGGCGCAACGAAUCCUUCGGAUUCGACCCUGCCCAAGAUGCUCAAACGGGUGGCAGUCACGUCGUCGAGGAACUAUUGAGAGCUGUUCCAGAUCUCAAACUCUAUACUCGCCUCUCUCCGCGCUACGAAUCCCUCCGAGCCGGCUACAAUAAGCUGAUUAAGGCAAAACCCCUCGUUCUAUGCCGACCAAACUCGGUUUCCCAAAUCCAGGCUAUCACAAAGACCGUGGCGAGCCUGGGCGUCCCGCUUGGCGUACGCUGUGGCGGCCAUGAUGUCUUUGGGCGCGGAUGCAUCGCCGACUCCGUAACCAUCGACAUGCGCGAGCUCGAUACGCAAGACUUGGCAGAAGAUAAGAAGACAGUCACCGUAGGCGGCGGCAUUCUCAGCAAGAAUCUUGUCGGAUUCCUCGACUCUCACGGACUUUGCACUUCCAACGGACUUGCCGCGGAAGUUGGCUGGACGUCUUGGGCAUCUUGGGGCGGCUAUGGUCCUCUUGGUGACUAUGUAGGUCUUGGAGUCGAUAAUAUCGUCGGCGCCAAGUUCGUCACGGCCACUGGUGACCUGAUCGAGGCCAGUGGGGACGUGCUAUGGGCCCUGAGAGGGGCCGGCGGAAAUCUUGGCAUCAUCGUCGAGACCAAGGUGCAAGUCUAUCCGAUGACGAAGAUCCAGGCCGGUUUCAUGGUCUAUCCGUGGGAAGAGACUUCUAGAGUCCUCAAGGGUCUGCAAGACCUAUUGGAUGCCGGUAUGCCCGACAAGCUUUGCCUGCAAGCUGGAUUCAGUAAGGGAGAUUGGGGUCUCGGCAUGGCCCUGACUUACAUCUGGCCUGAAGCCGAGACCAUAGGAACCGAAGGCCAAGAGUGGCUGCAGAAGCUGAAAGCUCUUGGCACCGUGAUCGUCGAUACAAUCCACGAGACAACUUACAAGGACUUUCAAGCUUCUGUAUCUGACCAGAUCAGUGAGCCUGUGUAUGUGUCCACACGACAUGUGAGCAUCGAGAAGUUCACGGAGAAGAUAUUGGGGCAGUUGAUCAGUGUUUGUGAGGCGAUGCCCGAUGAGGCGUCAUGCACAAUCAGCGUCAAUAUCUUGCAUGGCAAGGCCACCAGGCCAAAUGCCGCUUCAUCUUUCGGAACUCGAAAGCCACACAUCAUGUUUCACAUCAACGCCGUCACCGAUGAUGCCUCAGCCGAGAAGAUUGGCGUUGAAUGGGCUGAUAGCGUUGUCAAUACUAUCAAUAUUACGGGCGAGAGCAUUGGCCCUACCUAUGUCAGCUUCAUGGAGUCGACUGAUCGCGCUGAGAAUUGCUACGGCAGCAAUUGGGCAAGACUACGGGACAUUAAGAAGAGCGUCGAUCCUCAAGAUGUUUUUAGAUAUUCACACGGUCGGAUCCCGAUUCAGUGAGAGGAGUUUCGAACUUGUAGAAUAGGAACUCGUGAAUGCCCCCUUAUACGGGAGAUAGUCUCACAACUAAUGUAGAGACCCCAAGCCCUUGUGCUCAGAUCCAGAUGAAGGGUCAAACAGCCCUACAUUUAGCAAUAUUCGGGUGAACAGUGUCCAUCGCAGCCUUCUUUUUUUUUUCCUCUCUGUCGGUAACAAUACAUUAAUCUAGUUGAAGAUUGGGACACAAUUGUUCAUCAUAUGUUAAUGUGCCAAAGUCAAGUGCCGGUCACAAGUCAUCGUUGAGCACAUCACGGUGCGGGAAAUAUGAAUGUUACAGGAUCACUUUUAUGAUGUAUGUGUU